AGUCAAAAUGUCUUACACAACCCGUCAAGUUGGUGCUGCCAACACCUUAGAUUUCAAGCUUUACAUCGAGAAGGAUGGUAAGCCAGUCUCCCCCUUCCACGACAUCCCAUUGUUCGCCGAUGAGUCCAAGCAGAUCUUGAACAUGGUUGUCGAAGUCCCAAGAUGGACCAACGCCAAGUUGGAAAUCUCUAAGGAACAGAAGUUGAACCCAAUUGUCCAGGACGUCAAGAAGGGCAAGUUGAGAUUUGUCCGCAACUGUUUCCCACACCACGGGUACAUCCACAACUACGGUGCCUUCCCACAGACCUGGGAAGACCCUAACCACACCCACCCGGAAACCAAGGCCAAGGGUGACAAUGAUCCUUUGGACGUCUGUGAGAUCGGUGAAGCUGUCGGUUACGUCGGUCAGGUUAAGCAGGUCAAGGUCUUGGGUGUUAUGGCUUUGUUGGACGAAGGUGAGACUGACUGGAAGGUUAUUGUUAUCGAUGUCAACGAUCCAUUGGCCUCCAAGUUGAACGAUAUCGAAGACGUUGAAAAGCACCAGCCAGGGAUUCUUAAGGCCACCAACGAGUGGUUCAGAAUCUACAAGAUUCCAGAUGGCAAGCCAGAAAACCAGUUUGCCUUCUCCGGUGAGUGCAAGAACAAGAAGUACGCCGACGAAGUUGUUGCUGAAUGUCGUGCCGCUUGGGAAUCCUUGGUUUCCGGCAAGUCUGACCCAAACACCAUUGACUUGACUAACACCACCUUGGAAACCGCCACCAUCGCCGACAUCCAGGAGGCCUCCCCAUUGCCAGCCGCUCCAAUCGACAAGUCUGUCGACAAGUGGUUCUUCAUUUCCGGUGCCAAUUAGUUUGUCAUUUGUAAGCCUGUCGUUUAGGUAUAGUGUUUAGUUUGAGUACCGAGCGCAAUACACGAGUGCGAGAGAUGAUAGCUGUAGAAAGAACAUAGCUUUUGGUUUCAAGCGAAUCGCAUGUGAAUGAGAAUAUUUAUUUGGAAGCAGUUAACUGGCA